GCGCGACUCGGCGUGUACGACCGUGAAGGACGCCGACGACAGGCUUGGGAUGAAAUAUCAAAGUUAAAACAAACUCAAAGGAGGACGCUGAGAUGGCGUUGUCGUGUCUGACUCGAGCUCUGCGCUCCCUGACCGUCUCCCAGAAUACUCUGCUCUCCUCACAGUGUGAGCUGGGGGCUCUGGUGUCCACCACAGUAGCCCAGUGCCGAGGCUUCCUCACCACAGCCUCUCUGGAGCAAAACAAGACGCUGUGGAAGCAGAGGGAGAAGUACACCAUCAAACCAAUAGGAAUGAAAAAGACAGGAGGCCGAGAUCACACAGGAAGGAUACGGACUCAUGGCAUCGGUGGUGGACAUAAGCAAAGGUACCGAUGGAUAGACUUCCAGAGACUCCACUAUGAGGAAGGCAAAGAGGGCAAGCCCUUUGAGGAGAAGGUUGUGGAAGUGCGAUACGACCCAUGCAGGUCUGCUGACAUUGCCCUGGUGGCUGGAGGCAGCCGUAAGAGAUGGAUCAUUGCUACAGAGAACAUGCAAGCUGGAGAUACCAUUAAAACAUCUGCAGUAAUUGGACGCAUGGCAGUCUUGGCCAAUGAAGGUGAUGCCCACCCACUAGGAGCUCUUCCUGUGGGAACACUGGUAAACAACCUGGAGAUACAACCAGGGAAGGGAUCAGAGUAUAUACGUGCUGCAGGCACAAGUGGCGUUUUGCUCCGCAAAGUGAACGGAACAGCAAUCGUUCAGCUUCCCUCCAAGCAGCAGGUUCAGGUACAUGAGACGUGCAUAGUAACAGUGGGACGUGUGUCCAACAUUGACCACAACAAAGAGAUCAUUGGCAAAGCCGGUCGCAAUCGCUGGUUUGGUGUUCGCCCUUCGAGUGGCCUGUGGCAGAGGAAGGGAGGCUGGGCAGGACGCAAGAUUAAACCACUGCCUGCAAUGAAGAAUUACGUCAACCUGCCCUCAAUCACAGCUCAGUAACAACAAAGUUUGUUUGGGAAUUACUGUACAAAGAAAUGAUUUACAAAAAGCGAAUAAAGACGACCUGUGUUUAUA